GCCCCUGAAGCAGAUUAUAUAGAUGCAGCUGUGGUCUCAGUUCUACAAAUACACUGCACACAAGAUGAAGGUGAUAUUCUCGUUUUCCUUACCGGACAGGAGGAAAUAGAGACAGCCAGUGAAAUGUUAACUGAAAGAACAAGGAAACUUGGAUCCAAAAUCAAGGAACUCAUUAUAGCACCAAUUUAUGCAAAUCUUCCGUCAGACCUACAAGCAAAAAUAUUUGAUCCAACUCCACCUGGGGCUCGUAAAGUUGUGUUAGCAACAAAUAUUGCAGAAACUUCAUUGACUAUUGAUGGUAUAAAAUAUGUGUUAGAUCCUGGAUUCUGUAAACAGAACAGUUAUAAUGCAAGGACAGGGAUGGAAUCAUUGGUAGUGACACCUGUGUCAAAGGCAUCAGCCAAUCAGAGAGCUGGACGUGCUGGUCGUGUCUCAGCUGGAAAGUGCUUUCGUCUUUACACAGCAUGGGCAUAUAAAAAUGAACUUGAAGACAAUACAAUACCAGAAAUACAGAGAACUAAUCUUGGAAAUGUUGUGUUGUUACUCAAAAGUUUAGGAAUUAAUGAUCUCAUUCACUUUGACUUUAUGGACCCACCACCUCAUGAGACUCUUGUGUUAGCACUGGAACAGUUAUAUGCUCUUGGUGCAUUGAAUCACAAAGGGGAGCUAACUAAGCUAGGAAGAAGAAUGGCUGAAUUUCCUGUAGAUCCGAUGUUGUCAAAAAUGAUCUUAGCAUCAGAAAAAUACAAGUGUUCUAAAGAGAUUCUUACAAUAACAGCAAUGUUAUCUGUGAACAACUCGGUUUUCUAUCGACCCAAAGACAAGGUUGUGCAUGCAGAUACUGCUCGACAGAAUUUCUUCCUUCCUGGUGGGGACCAUAUAACGUUGAUGAAUGUCUACAACCAGUGGGAAGAAACUGGGCACUCGACUCAGUGGUGCUUUGAGAACUUUAUACAAUACAGGUCAAUGAAAAGAGCAAGAGAUGUACGUGAUCAACUGGAGGGUCUGAUGGAAAGAGUGGAAAUUGAGGUCUCAUCUAAUCCACUUGAUACCGCCAAUAUUAGGAAGGCCAUUACAGCAGGCUUCUUCUAUCACACAGCAAAACUGGACAAGGGAGGUAACUACAGAACUGUCAAACAUAACCAAACAGUUAUGGUCCAUCCAAACAGCUCCCUAUUUGAAGACAGGCCAAAAUGGCUCAUUUAUCAUGAACUAGUUUUUACAACAAAGGAAUUCAUGAGACAGGUGAUUGAGAUAGACAACAGCUGGUUACUAGAGGUUGCUCCACAUUACUACAAGGCCAAGGAACUGGAAGAUGGAUCCGGAAAGAAAAUGCCGAAAAAUACAGGAAAGUCACGGGAAGACGUGACAAGGACUUACUGACAGCUGCUGCAGAUUUUGCCAUGUAUUCAAACAGCCAUUUCAACAUGUCUCUUAAAGACAACUCUACAAAGUGUGCUGAAAGAUUGUUCUAGAAAAAAUGGCCUCAGAUGCAGGAAUGAAGAGGUUGAUUGGAAUCUAUGGAUGAACUCUUUACUCCAUAAUUAAAUAGACAUGUACUGGUAGUUAAUAUCAUUAAGAGUAGUGGCACUACUACAAUCGUCUACUAUUCUUAACCGGAAAGUUUACAUUUUUAACAGUCAAAAUGAAAGAACAUUUUGAAUUUAUGAUGAAUGGAUAUGUAUUUACUGGAUUUUGGCAAAAGCUUUAAGCUGUACAGUAUAAACAGAUUUGAAACUUAAACAGAACAGUGAGCAAAGUCUCAUUUUAUCUCAUACAAAACGAGAUGUUAUCAAGCAUGCAAUAAUGGCUGUCACAUUUAUAUUUGAUUAAUAAGAGCUGGUAAAUCUGACUGUAAUUAGAUUAUGACAUGAUUCACAAACUAUGUAAGUCAGAGAUGUACAUGUAUAUGUCUUUAUAUCAGCUGACUUAUAUUUGUUUCAAUUUUGAUUUCAUUUUGAAGCAGAAAAAGGAUAUAAAUCAGAAUUGGUGAUAAAAAUGCCCAGACAAAUGAUACCCUGUUAUUUUAUAGCUUUUCAGAAACCCUUUCAGUAAAACAUUCAGAAAUUGUUUUUUAUAAUGUAGUGAUCAUUGAACUAACUGAAACCUACAAGUAUUAUAAAGCUUUUGAAAAUUUCUCCUCCUUUUGGUUAACUGAUACCUUUCUAUAGGUUAAAGUGCUUAAAACACACUGAUGUUAUCUGCAUAUGCUUGAAAGAGGCCACUAGCCUAAUUGCAAAAUUUAUGAUUUUCAUUUCUGCUUAGUUCUGUGAUUUCAGGAUGAUCUAUAAAUUUAUAUUUAUUAACAGUUUCCAAACUAUUUGUGUUACAUAAAAAAAUAACUGUUGGCAUUCUGAAUAAGUUUUUGUCACAGAAAUAUCUGAUUAACCAAUUCAGUGUAUAUGAUAUACCUACUGUAUGGCUUGCCAGUCAGUAGUCAAAAUGUUGAUCUUUGCCAAUAUAAAUUUAGCGUUAAACUGUAGACUGGUCGAUAACACAUACUAUUGACUGGCGAUUUAUAUAAGGAGUCUUGUGAUUCCAUUUUGAAGUAAUUUUCUGUGUUGCACAUGGAAAUCUACUUACCUCUUUUACGGUCACAGUAACUUUUCUUGUUUUAGUUUGUUUCUGGGAAAUGCAUACCUGCAACAUGAUAUGAGUUUGCCCACUUAGGGAGAGCGCAGAUCUACAAAUAGAGGGGUCCCGAGUUCGAUAUCCGGGAGAGGAGUAUUUUCUCCAUGGUGAUUUGAUAAAAGACAUUGUCUGAAAUCGUUCAUUCUCAAUCUCUGUUUGUAUGCCCCCGAAUGGAGGCAUAUUAGUUUUCAACUGUUCGUCCUUUAGUUCGUCACAACGUUAACUUUCAACGUUAACUUUUUGCAUGAAGGCACUUUACUCACGAACCACUGCACCCAGGACCUUCAAACUUCACAUGCUAAUAGUACUUAUUGAAUACACGACCCCUAUUGACUUUGGGGUCACCAGGUCAAAUGUCAAGGUCACCAGGUCAAAGGUCAAUGGGCUGCGGGGUGGGGGGAGCAUUUGUCACCAUUAGUGACAGCUCUUGUUAUGUAGGGAAGUUGGUAGUAACUCGCAGAGAACAGGUUAGUACUGUUACAGGAUCCUGGAACACUGUUAAGGUUAACUGCCCGCCCUUACAUAACUGAAGGUCUGUUGAAAAACAGUGCUAAUGCCAAAACAAGCAAAGCAAACAUUAUGUGACUUGUUGUAGCUGAGAAAUGUGAUAAAUUUAUAUAUUUGUAAAGUAUUUGUGGAUAAAUUUUUCAGAAAUAAACUGUAUGAAGAACUAAA